AUGACAUGGGGGACCCGCCGUCCGCGGGAGGAGGAGGAGGUGGGGGUCUGGGAGGCAAGGGCCAUGGCCUAUGGUCCCAUGGAUAUGCAUGCUGUCGGAAAGAGGAGAGGGCUCGCCUUUCUUUUUCUGGGAGGCAGCGUUCUGUCGUCACAACAUCGCUCCCUAAUCUCCGUCCGUCGCUUGCGGAGCUGCCCGGGCCCGCCCGCCCGCCCGCCCGACCGGAGCGACUCCAUUGCCCUCCUUGCGACGCUCCGUCGGUCGCACCUGCGGAGCUCUCUUUACACUUUUGGGGGAGCUGCGCCUCGCAGCGCAGAGCAGAGCGAAGCGACGGCAGCAGAUUCUGAGCUUUCGGUUGCGGUCUGCUGGAGCUCGUGCUGGCAAAGCAAAGCAAGGCGGGGCGCGAGUUCGCAGCAAUGCGGGUCGGAGAUGGAGAGUAGGCUUUUUGUCUGGAUGCCUAUUUGUUCGGUGACACGAAAUGAUCGGAGAGUAAGUGAGAGUGGUAAUGUAGGCGGGCGCCGUGGUGUGAUGAUCAGACCAGUAUUUGGACAUUGCGCUGCGCUGCGUCCGAGAGCUGCGAGAGAUGGGGCCCGGCGCAUUUAUGCCGUGCGAAAUGCUCGAGCGGUGAGAUGA